CCCCCCCCCCCCAAGGCCGCUAUGUCGGAACUGAGUGAUGAAGCCAGUGAGUCGGAGCUGCUGGACCGCAGCCUGUCCAUGUGGCAUGGGCUGGGUCAGGUGACCGGUCACCAAGAGCUGGACAUCCCGCUGGACCUUCACACGGCUGCCUCCAUCGGCCAGCAUGAGGUGGUGCAGGCCUGCAUACAGCGUGGGAGCCUGGACCUGAAUCAGCGGAACUGCGGCAGCUGGACCGCCCUGAUGUACGCCUCUUACAUUGGCCAUGACUCCAUUGUGCAGAUGCUCCUGGAGGCCGGGGUGAACGUGAACAUUCCAACCCCAGAAGGGCAGACUCCGCUCAUGCUGGCCUCUAGUUGUGGGAACGAGAGUGUCGCCUACCUGCUUCUUCAGCAAGGCGCCGAGUUGGAGAUGAAGGACAUCCAUGGCUGGACCGCCCUCUUUCACUGCACCAGCGCCGGCCACCAGCAAAUGGUGAAGUUCUUAUUGGACAACGGAGCGAACGCCAACUGCAGGGAGCCCCUCUGUGGAUACACCCCCUUGAUGGAAGCAGCAGCUUCUGGCCACGAAAUCAUUGUCCAGUAUCUUCUCAAUCAUGGUGUGAGAGUGGACGUCAGAGACAGCACGGGGGCCACAGCGCGGACCUUGGCCAUGCAAUACGGAUACACCAAGAUCGUCGGGCUGAUUGACUUGCACAUGGCCCCUGUGCCCAAGGUCCUAUGCAGAGGCCCAGGGAAAUACGAAGACCUGAGCUCCUCGGAUGAAUCCUACUCCUCCCUGCAGAGACAGAGGCCUGCCCGCAAGUCCAAGGGCCCCAGUAUCCACGAAGGGCCCCACGCUUUGGCCAAGAUAACAGCCGUUAGGAUUGGAGGAAGGAGCCAGUCGCAUUAUGAGCAGGUCCCUCCGGAAGGCUACGUGACCUUCAGCGAUGAAGGCAGCAGCGCCGAAGGAGGAGACCUCCGGUACAGAGACGUCACCUCGCCCAUCAAUGAGCACGACGUGGAAAGCAGCAGCAGCCGAGAAGAUUAUUCCUCCUUCACCAAUAACUUGGCCGCCAUCCGGAUGACUACUACCACCAGCAGCAGCAGCGAAAGCCUCUCCAAAGCAGCUGGGAUCGGCAGCGAGGGCUCCAUGGAGAGCAAUGAGGAUUCUGACCACGCAGCAAGACUCUCCCAGCGGAAACACGCAAAGAGCUACACAAGGGCAAAGAAUCAUGACAGCGACAGCCGUGGGUCUUACAGGUCCAGGGUGUCAAGUCAGCACUGUGUGGCCCCAAAGCCGAAGGCACCAUCCUACACAGGACCCCAGGAUCUCGCCGCCUUCUUGGAGCAGAUCGGCUGCCUGAAGUACCUGCAGGUGUUUGAGGAGCAGGACAUCGACCUUCGCAUUUUCCUGACCUUAACGGAGAGUGACUUGAAGGAGAUCGGCAUCACCCUCUUUGGACCAAAGAGGAAGAUGACUUCCGCCAUUGCCCGAUGGCACAGCAACGCGCGACCUCCUGGCGACGCCCUCGAGCUGGCCUACGCGGAUCGCCUGGAAGCAGAGAUGCAGGAGCUGGCCAUUCAGCUGCACAAGAGGUGUGAGGAGGCGGAAGCGCUGAAGGGCCAGGUGUCGCAGGAGCAGGAGCUGCGGGCCGUGGUCGAGAGCUGCCUGAUGGAGCGGGAGGUGGCCUGGAGCGAGGCACAGGCAACGCUGCAGGAGGCACGGGCUGUCGCCAGGGACGCCGGGGUCCUGCAGGAACAGAUGCGGGCCUGCCAGGAGGAACUGUCUUCUCGGCUGACUGAAGAGCACGCGGCUGGACGGCUGUCGGAGGUUCAAGCACUCCAGGAAGCUGGUCCUGCAGAAGGGGCCUCCACCUUGAAGACCCUGAGCCUGACGGAGCUGUCAGCUCUCCUGGAGAAGUGCACGGGAGAAAUGGGGAAAGCCCUUCAUUCUGUCAGCCAAAAUCUGGAGAGGCUUCAGAGUCCACUGAAGGGCAAGGCACCCCAGAAGCAGCCCUAGCAGCAGA